CUCAACAUCCCCGCCAAAACUAACUGAAGAUCCCAACUACCUUAACAGAAUUCUCUCUCAAAGAAUUCCCUCUCUCUCUCUCUAGAAAAUGGGAACCCAGAACUUGAUGAUCAACAAAUCAACGGCCAAGAUUCUCCUCCAUCUCCUCCUCCUCUCUCUCCUCCACCAAAUCACCACCGCUACACUCACCGACCAAGAACUUGACUUUGCCCUCUUAUCACUCCGAUCAUACGGCUACACGCUUUUCCCCAACGCCAUCUCCACAUCCGACCUCCGCCUCCAACUCCUCAACCAAUCAAGUAAUGCCACGUCAACUUCAACCUUCACUCUCUUCUGUCCGCCUGACUCCCUCCUCUUCUCUGUUGACCUCGCCUCCACUGCUCCUCACUAUACGAAAUCCCUCUUCCUCCACAUGUCUCCCUCUCGCCUCUCCACGUCAGACUUGAGAAACCUAACCGCCGCCUCUGGUGGUACCUACAUUGAUUCAUUGGUGCCGAACCACCGUCUCUUGAUUACUAACUCUCUGGCUCAGCUAAACGGUACCGUUGAUGGGUCCAUAUUGGUCAAUCGGGUUCGGGUUUCAGUUCCGGAUCUUUUUCUUGGGUCUGACAUUGCUGUUCAUGGACUGGACGGGAUUCUUGUUGCUGGAUUCGAUGAAAAAGUCGAAGACACGUCGUUUGAGGCUGCGACGUGGUCUCCUGCGAACGCGAUUGGGUCUGCGGAGCUGAAUUCUCCACUGGCUGGCAGGUUUCCAGCGAGGAGGAGGAAAGGAAGGAACCAUAGGCAUAACGGCAGGAACGGUGGCAUUAGAAGGAAUAAUCACCGAGGGCGGAGAAUUAACGGUGGCCAUCGUCGUGGUGUUGGUAGAAAUGUCAGCGGCGGUACUCGUGGUGGUGGUGUUACGCGUGGUGCAUUUGCAAUGUAUAACCAUCGACUUUAGUUUUCUGUUGUUUUUUUUUAAGGAUCUGUUUGGAUGUUGAGGGAAUGAUCGAUUUUUCUUUUGAAUGUUCUUGUGAAUAGCCAAACAGAGCAUCUUUUCUUUUCUUUUCUUUCUUUGUAAUUAGGGCCUGUUUGGAUACUGAGAAAUUGGAUGGAAUUGUUUUCUUGGGAUGUUAAUUUUUCUUAGUAA